CGGCUCUUCCCGUCAGGGCGAUGGGCGCCCUGUGAGACUGGUCCCCCCUAGCUGGGGGCGCGUGUGGGAGGAGGCGACUGACUGACCGGGAGUCCCCGGGCCGGCCCUCCCUCGCCUUCCUCGGCCCCUCCCACCCUCUUCGGCUCUGGGAUUGCCACCGCUCGGGAGUCCGUGCUCGUCCGUUCCUCGCGUUGCCGCCGCCCCCGGGGCCUAGCCCGCCCAGCUCGGGAAGCGGCGGCGGCGGCGGCGGCGGGGAGCUGAAGCCGCCGCCGCAUCCGCCGCAUCCGCUUCGACUCGGUGCCGGCUCUUUACCCUGCUCCUCAUGACUGCGGCGCCUCUGCUGCUCCAGCCUUCCCGGCCGCCGCUCGCCGCAGGAUGGAUGCGGACCGUGAGGCGCUAACCCCCGUGGCUCAGCUCCUCGACCGCCCGCCGACGAGCCCGCCUCGUGAGCCGCAGCAGCCGCCGCAACUGGGCCCAGUGGCCCGCGUCUCCUUCGGGGCGGCUUGUCAGUGCUGAGUGAGGAGCCGUCCGGGUGCAUCCGUACCCGCCGGGAGCGGGAGCCUUAGUAGCGGGACCCGCUCACCUCCGCCGCUCUUCGGGCUCGGCCCCUCGCCCUCUCUUCAUUCACAAGUUCGAGCCCGCUCGCCUCGCUUCUGCGGACCGACCAUGUCAGGCGGCGCCGCAGAGAAGCAGAGCACCACUCCCAGCUCCCUGUUCCUCUCGCCGCCGGCGCCUUCCCCCAAGAAUGGCUCCAGCUCCGAUUCCUCGGUGGGGGAGAAACUGGGCAGCGCGGCGCCCGACGCUGGGACCGGCCGGACAGAGGAGUACCGGCGUCGCCGCCACACUAUGGACAAGGACAGCCGUGGCGCGGCCGCGACCACGACCACCACCGAGCACCGCUUCUUCCGCCGCAGCGUCAUCUGCGACUCCAACGCCACUGCGCUGGAACUGCCCGGCCUUCCCCUUUCUCUCCCCCAGCCCACCGUCUCCGCGGCCGCGCCGCAGAGUACUCCGCCGGAGCCGCACCGCGAGGAAACCUUGACCGCCACCGCAGCUGCCCAGGUAGCCCAGCUACCUCCCGCUUCUGCCGCCCCUGGGGAGCCAGCCGGCGCGGGCCCUGCCGCCGCGACUGCCCCCGGCAGUACCAGCAGAGAUCGUCAAGUGUCCCAGCCCAACCAUGUGGGGAGCAAAGAGGAGCCUCCGUCGGCCAGAAGCGGCAGCGGCGGCGGCAGCGCCAAGGAGCUACAGGAGGAACGGAGCCAGCAACAGGAUGAUAUCGAAGAGCUGGAGACCAAGGCCGUGGGAAUGUCCAAUGAUGGCCGCUUUCUCAAGUUUGACAUCGAAAUUGGCAGAGGAUCCUUUAAGACCGUCUACAAAGGUCUGGACACUGAAACUACAGUGGAGGUCGCCUGGUGUGAACUGCAGGAUCGAAAAUUAACAAAGUCUGAGAGGCAGAGAUUUAAAGAAGAGGCUGAAAUGUUAAAGGGCCUUCAGCAUCCCAAUAUUGUUCGAUUCUAUGAUUCCUGGGAGUCCACAGUAAAAGGAAAGAAGUGCAUUGUUUUGGUGACUGAACUUAUGACAUCUGGAACACUUAAAACGUACCUGAAAAGGUUUAAGGUGAUGAAGAUCAAAGUUCUAAGAAGCUGGUGCCGUCAGAUCCUUAAAGGACUUCAGUUUCUUCAUACUCGAACUCCACCUAUUAUUCACCGAGAUCUUAAGUGUGACAACAUCUUUAUCACUGGCCCUACAGGCUCAGUCAAGAUUGGAGACCUAGGUCUGGCAACCCUGAAGCGGGCUUCUUUUGCCAAGAGUGUGAUAGGUACCCCAGAGUUCAUGGCCCCCGAGAUGUAUGAGGAAAAAUACGAUGAAUCUGUUGACGUUUAUGCUUUUGGGAUGUGCAUGCUUGAGAUGGCCACAUCUGAAUACCCUUACUCAGAAUGCCAAAAUGCCGCUCAGAUCUACCGUCGAGUGACCAGUGGAGUGAAGCCAGCCAGUUUUGACAAAGUAGCAAUUCCUGAAGUGAAGGAAAUUAUUGAAGGAUGCAUACGGCAAAACAAAGAUGAAAGAUAUUCUAUCAAAGACCUUUUGAACCAUGCCUUCUUCCAGGAGGAAACAGGGGUACGGGUAGAAUUGGCAGAAGAAGAUGAUGGAGAAAAGAUAGCCAUUAAAUUAUGGCUACGUAUUGAAGAUAUUAAGAAAUUAAAGGGAAAAUACAAAGACAAUGAAGCUAUUGAGUUUUCCUUUGACUUGGAAAGAGAUGUGCCAGAAGAUGUUGCUCAAGAAAUGGUAGAGUCUGGGUAUGUCUGUGAAGGUGAUCACAAGACCAUGGCAAAAGCCAUCAAAGAUAGAGUGUCAUUAAUUAAGAGGAAACGAGAACAGCGGCAGUUGGUGCGGGAGGAGCAAGAAAAAAGAAAGCAGGAAGAGAGCAGUCUCAAACAGCAGGUAGAACAACAAUCAAGUACUUCCCAGGCAGGAGUCAAACAGAUCCCGUCUGCCAGCACUGGCAUGCCUACUGCUUCUACCACUUCAGCUUCAGUUUCUACGCAAGUAGAACCUGAAGAACCUGAGGCAGAUCAACAUCAACAACUACAGUACCAACAAACUAGUAUAUCUGUGUUGUCUGACGGAACGGUUGACAGUGGUCAAGGAUCUUCUGUCUUCACAGAAUCUCGAGUGAGCAGCCAACAGACAAUUUCAUAUGGGUCCCAGCAUGAACAGGCACAUUCUACUGGCACACUCCCAGGGCAUACAGCUUCUGUUGUCCAAGCACAGUCUCAGCCCCAUGGGGUCUAUCCACCCUCAAGUGUGCCUCAGUCCAUGGCGCAUCCGUGUGGGGGGACCCCAACAUACCCAGAAUCACAGAUAUUUUUCCCAACUAUUCAUGAACGUCCAGUUUCUUUUUCACCACCUCCCACCUGUCCACCGAAGGUGGCCAUUUCCCAGCGGCGUAAGAGCACCUCCUUCUUGGAAGCCCAAACUCGCCAGUUCCAACCCCUGCUGAGGACUGUUGGCCAAAAUCUUCUUCCACCUGGUGGCAGCCCAACUAACUGGACACCAGAGGCUGUAGUUAUGUUGGGCACUACAGCCAGUAGGAUAACUGGAGAGCCAUGUGAGAUACAGGUCCAUCCUAUGUUUGAACCAACUCAAGUUCACGGUGACUAUAGACCUGGACUAGUACUUCCAGAAGAAGCUCACUAUUUUAUUCCUCAGGAAGCAGUGUAUCUAGCUUACCAGGCCCAGGUGACAGAACAGUAUGAGGGUAUUCCAUACAACUCACCAGUACUGUCAAGUCCUAUGAAACAGAUACCUGAACAGAAGCCAGUACAAGGGGGCCCUACCUCAAGUUCUGUCUUUGAAUUUCCAUCUGGACAGGCUUUCCUGGUAGGACACCUUCAGAAUUUAAGAUUAGAUUCUGGAUUGAGUCCAGGAUCUCCCCUCUCUAGUAUUUCUGCACCUAUCAGUACAGAUGCUACACGUUUGAAAUUUCACCCUGUCUUUGUUCCUCAUUCUGCACCCGCUGUGUUAACUCGUAACAAUGAGAGAAGCAAUUGUGUAUUUGAGUUUCAUGUUCACACUCCAAGCUCCUCUUCAGGAGAAGGAGGAGGAGUUUUACCUCAGCGUGUUUACCGAAAUCGACAGGUUGCAGUGGACUUGAAUCAGGAAGAACCACCUCCUCAAUCAGUUGGAUUACAUGGCCGCCUACAGCCUGUGACUGAAGAACAGCGUAAUUACCAUGCCCCAGAAUUGACCGUUUCUGUGGUAGAGCCUAUCGGACAGAACUGGCCAAUAGGAAGCCCAGAAUAUUCCAGUGAUUCCUCACAAAUUACUUCAUCAGACCCCAGUGAUUUUCAGUCACCUCCCCCUACAGGGGGAGCAGCUGCACCUUUUGGCUCUGACGUCUCGUUACCCUUUAUCCAUCUGCCUCAGACAAUGUUCCAAGAAUCCCCACUUUUCUUCUGUUUCCCCCAAGGAACCACAUCUCAGCAGGUUUUAUCUGCCUCAUUUUCUUCAGGAGGAUCUGCACUCCAUCCACAGGCACAGGGGCAAAGCCAGGGUCAACCAUCCUCAAGUAACUUAACAGGGGUUCCAUCUUCCCUACCCAUACAACAUUCUCAGCAGCAGCAGGGAGUACAGCAGACAGCCCCUCCUCAACAGACAGUGCAGUAUUCACUUCCACAGACAUCAGCCUCCAGUGAGGCCACUACUGCACAACCAGUCAGUCAGUCUCAAGCUCCACAGGUCUUGCCUCAAGUAUCAGCUGGAAAACAGCUUCCAGUUUCCCAGCCAGUACCAACUAUCCAAGGCGAACCUCAGAUCCCAGUUGCGACACAACCCUCAGUUGUUCCAGUCCACUCUGGUGCUCAUUUCCUCCCUAUGGGACAGCCACUCUCUACUUCCUUACUCCCUCAGUACCCUGUCUCUCAGAUUCCCAUAUCAACUCCUCAUGUGUCUGCGGCUCAGACAGGUUUCUCAUCCCUUCCCAUUACGAUGGCAGCUGGCAUUAAUCAGCCUCUGCUCACCUUGGCUUCAUCUGCUACAGCAGCUGGGAUCCCAGGGGGACCAACUGUGGUUCCUAGUCAGCUUCCAACCCUUCUGCAGCCUGUGACUCAGCUGCCAAGUCAGGUUCACCCACAACUUCUGCAACCAGCAGUUCAGUCCUUGGGAAUACCAGCUAACCUUGGACAAGCUGCUGAGGUUCCACUUCCCUCUGGAGAUGUUCUAUACCAGGGCUUUCCACCUCGACUGCCACCACAAUACCCAGGAGAUUCAAAUAUUGCUCCCUCUUCCAGCGUGGCUUCUAUUUGCAUCCCUUCUACAGUCCUAUCCCCUCCCAUGCCGACAGAAGCACUGGCUACACCGGGUUACUUUCCUACAGUGGUGCAGCCUUUUGUGGAAUCAAACCUUUUGGUUUCUGUGGGCAGUAUAGGAGGACAGGUUCAAGUGUCCCAGCCAGCAGUGAGUUUAGCACAACAAGCCCCCACUACAUCCUCCCAGCAAGCAGCUCUGGAGAGUACUCAGGGAGUCUCUCAAGUUGCCCCUCCAGAGCCAGUUCCAGUGGCACAGGCACAGCCUACCACUUUGGUCUCUUCUAUAGAUAGUGCACAUUCAGAUGUUGCUUCAGGAAUGAGUGAUGGCAAUGAGAAUGUCCCAUCGUCCAGUGGAAGGCAUGAAGGGAGAACUGCAAAACGGCAUUAUCGAAAAUCUGUAAGAAGUCGCUCUCGUCAUGAAAAGACUUCACGUCCAAAAUUAAGAAUUUUGAAUGUUUCAAAUAAAGGAGACCGGGUAGUAGAAUGUCAGUUAGAGACUCAUAAUCGGAAAAUGGUUACAUUCAAAUUCGAUUUAGAUGGUGACAAUCCUGAGGAGAUAGCAACAAUUAUGGUGAACAAUGACUUUAUUCUAGCAAUGGAGAGAGAGUCAUUUGUGGAUCAAGUACGAGAAAUUAUUGAAAAAGCUGAUGAAAUGCUCAGUGAGGAUGUCAGUGUGGAACCAGAGGGUGACCAGGGAUUGGAGAGUCUGCAAGGAAAGGAUGACUAUGGCUUUGCAGGUUCUCAAAAAUUGGAAGGAGAGUUCAAACAACCAAUUCCUGCAUCUUCCAUGCCACAGCAAAUAGGCAUUCCUACCAGUUCUUUAACUCAAGUUGUUCAUUCUGCUGGAAGACGGUUUAUAGUGAGUCCUGUGCCAGAAAGUCGAUUACGAGAAUCAAAAGUUUUCACUAGUGAAAUAUCAGAUACAGUUGCUGCCUCUACUUCUCACGGCGCUGGAAUGAACUUGUCUCACUCUGCUUCAUCCCUUAGCCUACAGCAGGCGUUUUCUGAACUUAGACAUGCCCAGAUGACAGAAGGGCCCAACACGGCACCUCCCAACUUCAGUCAUAUAGGACCAACAUUUCCAGUAGUCCCUCCUUCCAUGAGUAGCAUUGUUGGAGUCCCAACCACAGCAGCAGCCACACCUUCAGUAUCAGUCCCUGCAACUAGCAGCCCUCUUACUGACAUUUCCACAUCAGUAAUUCAGUCUGAGAUUCCAAUGCCCACUGAAACAGGGAUUGGUGGAGUUGCCACCUGCACAGGUGUGAUGCCCUCAAGUGGUCUCCCUGUCCCACCUGUAUCUGAAUCACCAAUAUUUUCCACUGUGGUUUCGAGCAUCACAGUACCUACCGUUGUCUCGAUAUCAGCAACAUCCCAGCCAGUUCAGGCUCCCACAUCUGGGAGCGCUGUUUCUGGCAUAGGCACUUUGCCCUCUAUACCAGUUGCAACAACUUUAGCCCCUGCAGUGGGCAGUGCCGCUGCCCCGGGUGCUAAGCCCCCACCUGUACUGUCGCAGCAGGUGGCAGGCAGUACUACCGGCGCAGCCACAUUAGCCUCUGUUCCUGUCACCACUCCGUUCCCAAGCUUAGCUUCACAGCCGUCUCUUCAGCUUAGCAGUAGCACCUCUGCUCCGACUCUAGCUGAAACAAUGGUGGUUAGUGCACACUCACUAGAUAAAACAUCUCAUAGUAGUACAACUGGAUUGGCUUUGUCCCUCUCUGCAUCAUCGUCUUCCUCCCCUGGAGCAGGAUUAUCUAGUUCCAUUUCUCAGCCUGGUGGGAUACAUCCUUUGAUCACCCCAUCAGCUAUAGCUUCUACUCCUGCCCUUCCUCAAGCAGUAGGACCUACUUCUACACCUUUAUUACCCCAAGUACCUAGUGUCCUACCCUUGGUACAGCCUGUUGCCAAUGUGCCUGCCGUGCAGCAGACACUAAUUCAUAGUCAGCCUCAGCCAGCUUUACUUCCCAACCAGCCCCAUACUCACUGUCCUGAAAUAGAUGCCGACUCACAGCCCAAAGCUCCUGGAAUUGAUGACAUAAAGACUCUAGAGGAAAAGCUGCGGUCUCUCUUUAGUGAACACAGCUCAUCUGGAGCCCAACAUACGUCUGUCUCACUGGAGACUUCACUGGUAGUAGAGACCACUGUCACACCAGGCAUCCCAACCACUGCUGUUGCACCAAGCAAGCUCAUGACUUCCACUACAAGUACAUGCUUACCACCAACCAGUUUGCCAUUGGGUACAACUGGUUUGUCAGUUAUGCCAGUGGUCCCACCUGGGCAGGUUUCUACCCCAGUCAACUAUGUGUCAGCCCCAGUCAGCGUGACACCAGGAGUGAAAGCUGGAACUGCUCCAUCGAAGCCACCUUUAACUAAAGCUCCAGUGCUGCCAGUGGGUACUGAACUUCCAGCUGGUACUCCACCCAGCGAGCAGCUGCCACCUUUUCCAGGACCUUCACUAACUCAGUCCCAGCAGCCUCUGGAAGAUCUUGAUGCUCAAUUGAGAAGAACACUUAGUCCAGAGACUAUUGCGCUGACACCCACAGUUGGUCCUGUGUCCGUGGUGGCUCCAACAGCAGUUACAGAAGCAGGAGCACAGCCUCAGAAGGAUGUUUCUCAUAUCGGAGAAGGUCUUGUCCUAGCAACUAGUUCAGGAACUGGUGUUUUCAAGAUGGGACGAUUUCAGGUUUCAGUUGCAAUGGAUGAUGUCCAAAAAGAGGGUAAAAAUAAGUCAGAAGAUACAAAGUCUGUUCAUUUUGAAUCCAGUACUUCAGAGUCCUCAGUGCUGUCAAGUAGUAGUCCAGAAAGUACCCUGGUGAAGACAGAGCCUAAUGGGAUAACCAUCCAUGACAUCUCAUCAGAUAUGCCAGAUAGUGCCCGCAAAACUCCUGCAUCAGAAGCAAAGUCAGAAACUGGGCAGCCUACCAAGGUAGGACGUUUUCAGGUGACAACUACAGCAGACAAAGUAAGUCGUUUCUCUGUAUCAAGAACUGAAGACAAGAUCACUGAGGCAAAGAAAGAGGGACCAACAGCAUCUCCUUCUUUUAUGCAUUUGGAACAAGGUGUUCUCCCUGCUAUGAUACCAAAGAAAGAAAAGCCUGAACUGUCAGAGCCUUCACAUCUGAACGGGCCAUCUUCUGACUUGGAGGCCGCCUUCCUUAGCAGGGAUGUGGAUGAUGGUUCAGGUAGUCCACACUCCCCCCAUCAGCUGAGCUCGAAGAGCCUGCCUAUCCAGAAUCUAAGUCAAAGCCUUAGUAAUUCAUUCAACUCCUCUUACAUGAGUAGUGACAAUGAGUCAGAUAUUGAAGAUGAAGAUUUAAAAUUAGAGCUGCGAAGACUACGAGAAAAGCAUCUUAAAGAAAUUCAAGACUUGCAGAGUCGCCAGAAGCAUGAAAUUGAAUCUUUGUAUACCAAACUGGGAAAGGUUCCCCCCGCUGUCAUUAUUCCCCCAGCUGCCCCCCUUUCAGGGAGAAGAAGGCGACCCACUAAAAGCAAAGGCAGCAAAUCCAGUCGCAGCAGUUCCUUGGGGAAUAAAAGCCCCCAGCUUUCAGGUAACCUGUCUGGUCAGAGUGCCGCUUCAGUUUUGCACCCCCAGCAGAGCCUCCACCCUCCUGGCAGCAUCCCAGAGACUGGGCAGAAUCAGCUAUUACAGCCCCUUAAGCCAUCUCCCUCCAGUGACAACCUCUAUUCAGCCUUUACCAGUGAUGGUGCCAUUUCAGUACCAAGCCUUUCUGCUCCAGGUCAAGGCUGUGCGAAGUUUAACUGUGCAUCUGAGCAGGUGACAUUCAAACCUGGUGGCAGGAGGACCCGAUUUCUGAGGAAGAUGGUGAAAAAAGUCUGUCCUUGCAACCAGCUCUGUAGGACCAGUAGCACAAACACCGUUGGGGGAGCAGUGAACAGCCAAGCCGCCCAAGCUCAGCCUCCUGCCAUGACGUCCAGCAGGAAGGGCACGUUCACAGAUGACCUGCACAAGCUGGUAGACAAUUGGGCCCGAGAUGCCAUGAAUCUUUCCGGCAGGAGAGGAAGCAAAGGACACAUGAAUUACGAGGGCCCUGGAAUGGCAAGGAAGUUCUCUGCACCUGGUCAGCUGUGCAUCUCCAUGACCUCAAAUCUGGGUGGUUCUGCCCCCAUCUCUGCAGCAUCAGCUACCUCUCUAGGUCAUUUCACCAAGUCUAUGUGCCCCCCACAGCAGUACGGUUUUCCAGCUCCCCCCUUUGGCACUCAGUGGAGUGGGACAGGUGGCCCAGCACCACAGCCACUUGGCCAGUUCCAGCCUGUGGGAACUGCCUCCUUACAGAAUUUCGGCAUCAGCAAUUUGCAGAAAUCCAUCAGCAACCCCCCAGGUUCCAACCUGCGGACCACUUAGACCUAGAGACAUUAACUUGAGUAGAUUUGGGGGCAGGAGAUGGAAUGCUGAAGGGUGGGUGGGUGGGGGGGA